CGAAGUCAAAAGACAUUACAUUUACAAAUACUCAGUAAUAAUGGACAACUCACGUCAAAACCCAACACCAACUAGCAACACAAUCGAAGCUGCAUUAGCUGCAUUAUUAUCAAAUGAAAACCAAUCUCAAAAUUCAUAUUUUGUUUUUGGAAACCUUUAUGUAAAUAAUCAAGGUGAAAAAUCUGAAGACAAAGAAGCAAAGGAAUCAGUGCCUGAGAUUGAAUUGUCAAAAAUUUUCAACGAUUUGAAUUUAGAGCUGAACAAUCUUGCAAAAGAAAUGACAUUAAUGAAAAAUGAACUGAAGGCUGUUCUCGAAAUUAAAGGAAAGCUAAAGGACGAUGAAAAUGACUCUGUUUUCGUAUUUGGCAGAAGCAAUGAAGACAAUGGAUUUAAAUUCAUGUUGAAACCAAUCCCAAUGUGAUUCCUCAACAAACUCUCACGAGCAAUCGAAGACUUAAAAAAUUAUUUGUGCAUCAAAAACUGAGAUUGAAAUACUUUCAAAUCCAAUCCAAGCAUUUGUCUUCAUUAUUUAAAAUCAUAUAGACAAUCCAAU